AUGUCCGCACGAAUUAAGAAGAUAAUGCAAAUGGAUGAGGAUGUAGGCAAAGUUGCUCAAGCAACUCCAGUAUUGAUUUCGAAAGCUUUGGAAUUAUUUAUGCAAUCGUUGAUUGAUCAAGCAUGUCGAGAAACAAAAGCUAGAAAUGCAAAAAGAAUGUCGGUUUCUCAUUUAAAGAAAACAAUCAUGGUUACAGAACAAUUUGAUUUCUUGAAAGAGCUUGUUGCCAAUAUACCAGAUCCUGUGGACUCCUUCGAAGCAGAAGCUUCAACAUCUUCGACAGUUGCUGUAAGUGGUGAUGAACCUGAUGCAUCAAAGUCACCACAAUCACAACCAAGAAAAAGAAGAGGAAGGAGGAGAAAUGUAGAUGACGAUGAUUAUGAGCCAACUCCAAGUUCUUCUGCAGCUCCAAUAAGAACAAGAAGAAGCGUCAGGAGAAAAAAAGAAGUCGAUGAUUCAUCUUAA